GUCUCAAAGGAUGAGCGCAGAGAGAAGAGAGAUAAAAACUCUCCUCCCUCUCCCUUCACCUUCCUCACUCCUCAAUAAACACACUCACUUCUUUCUCUCUCUAAAUUCUCUCUCACUUUGUCUCUCCUCUCUGGCAUCUCAGUCCAAGAUUCUCUAAAUCCUUUCAUCAAUUCAAAGAUCUGCGUUAUCAGUUAGGGUCUUUCGAUUUUUUCUUCAAAUUCAUUCGAUUCCCCCACACACAAAUUUCUACAAAUAAUCACCUCUUUUCGGGAAGCAUUUAAACUGGGUUUAAUUAACCAGAUCGAAAAACUCAGCUGGCUAUAACCGGUUGUAUGGUGAAUAUCAUCCUUUCGAGCCGUCGAAAAAGAUAACGACGCCGAUAGUUUGUCGUUGAUUUUGAAGUUAAUUAAAAGUAUUUUAGACUAAUAAUGACAAUCAAAGGGUUCGUGAAGAACAAGAAGAAGGCGACGCUUUUGACCAAGGAGAGAGAAAAAGCGCCCAAAAGAUGUCUCACUUGAUAGGCAAGAAUGGCGGAGGUGGUGGGUGGUGGAGGACAGGUUUUAGAUCUAGAGACUGCGGUGAAGGAUGGAAUCUUAGGCGGGGGCGGCGGAGAAAAUGGGGUUGGGUUUUCGCCAUUGUCAGAAAAGCUGGAUCUAAAGAAAAUAAUAGGAGAGUUGGAUGCAAUAGAAGUGCCAAGCGUUUUCAUUUGUCCAAUUUCAUUAGAGGCAAUGCAAGAUCCAGUGACCCUUUGUACAGGCCAAACUUAUGAGAGGUGUAACAUAAUGAAAUGGCUGUCUUUAGGCCAUUUAAGUUGCCCCACUACAAUGCAGGAGCUUUGGGAUGAUUCAAUCACCCCUAAUAAAACCCUUCAACAUUUGAUUCAUAGUUGGUUUUCGCAAAAGUAUUUAGCAAUGAAGAAGAGGUCUGAGGAUGUUCAAGGGCGUGUUUUGGAGAGUUUGGAGAAUUUGAAGAAAUUAAAGGGCCAAGCUAGGGUUCAAGCUCUGAAAGGACUUAGAAGUGUUGUGGGGAAUCAUUUUUCGGCCAAGAAAACAAUGGUGGAUAAUGGUGGAGUUGCAUUCUUGAUCUCUUUACUUGGUCCUUUCACUUCUCAUGCCGUUGGGUCGGAAGUAGUUGGGAUUCUUGUGAAUUUGAGUCUCAAUUUGGAAUCGAAGUCGAACUUGACUCAGCCAGCGAGGAUCUCUUUGAUGGUUGAUAUGUUGAAUGAGGGUUCUAUUGAGACCAAAGUCAAUUGCACAAAAUUGAUCCAGGGUUUGAUGGAGACUAAGGAUUUCGACCCUGAUUUGGUAUCGAGUUUGAGUCUCUUAGUGGGGUUGUUGAAAUUAGUCAAGGAUAAGCGUAACUCGAGUGGCAUUCAACCUGGGCUUUCAUUGCUCAAGAUGAUUAGUUCACAUGAGUGUGUUAGGAGUUCGAUUGUAAGCAUUGGGUCUAUCCCUCAAUUGAUUGAUCUUUUACCAAGUUUAAAAGCGGAGUGUUUGGAAUUAGCACUCUCGAUACUAGACAAUUUGGCUAGUGUGGAAGAGGGGAGAUUGGCCUUAAAAAAUUGUCCUAACACAAUAGUUAAUUUGGUGAAGCUAUUGAUGAGAAUUUCAGAGAAUUGCACUCAAUUGUCAUUGUCCAUCUUGUGGGCAGUUUGCAAGUUAUCCCCGGAAGAGUGUGCACCUAUUGCAGUUGAAGCUGGCUUAGCAGCCAAACUUCUGCUAGUAAUCCAGAGUGGUUGCAACCCAACAUUGAAGCAACAAUCAGCUGAGUUGUUGAAAUUAUGUAGUUUGAAUUAUACUGCUACAAUUUUCAUUUCCAAGUGUAAGCUUACAAGAACAUUGCAAUGAAAGUAUGUAUAUGUUUGCCAGAAAUUGUUUUUCUUGCAUACUUCCAAAUGUCACAAUCAUUCUUCAACAAACAAUAUGUUGAAGAUGCAUUGUGAAAAGGGAAAAAAAAAACAAGUGGAAUGAGGUCUCUCGAAGAAUGUUGUGCAUAUAAGAGAGACCUCAUUCCAUGGAUCAGUUUUGCAGCUAUCAUCAAGUGUUCUAGUUAUGGAUGAGGAAGCACCAAGCAUUCAGUUACCGCUACUGCUUCCAAAUCGAGCAAUACAGAUUGAUUCUUUGCUGGUCGAUUCGGUUAUUGUACCUGAUAAUAAAGAUCAUUGAUGCUGAUUCAGGUUAGGAUUAAGCUGUAAAAAUACAGGUGACUUUCAGAUUAAGCUGUAAAAAUUGGAAUUUGCAAAUGCAAAAUUUUCCAUGCAUUUUUUUGUUUACUUAAGUCGACCAACAUAGAAGUCUCCUCAUUGAACAAGGUUAGAUUCUGUAAAGAUAGUCUUCAGUUCAUGUACAAUUUUAAUCUUAUUUCAGAGAAUAACAUUAUCAUUUUCUUA